UUUACCAUGUCGCGGCCUUGUCAACGACACGACCAUCGGCUUCUUUUUACAGUUUCACCCACGAAGGCAAUCUGCUUCAGACGAACACGGUGAAGGCAAAUUGUCAAUAAAGGCUGUUUCGUCCUCAGACAAUUUUCUUGGGCUCCGUCUCUCACGGCAAAGAUCCUUUUUUUUUUGGUUGUGGGUGCUUGAAGGGGUCUGAUUCCAAUGGAUUUAGAAGAAGAAGCCAUUGAGUCUGUUAAAGGGGAGGAUGAUGACCAAGAAGAAAAUGCAAUUUCAGAGCCAUAUGUGGGGAUGGAAUUCGAUUCUGAAGAAGCUGCACGGAAAUUCUAUAUUGACUAUGCGAGACGGGUAGGAUUUGUAGUUCGAAUAAUGCAGCGUCGACGGUCAGGAAUUGACGGCAGAACACUUGCCCGUCGGCUUGGGUGUAAUAAGCAGGGUUUCUCACCAAAUCAGAAAGGUUCUCAUGGACCAGACAAGAAGCCACGGCCCAGUGCACGAGAAGGUUGCAAGGCCACAAUUCUAGUGAAGAUGGAGAAGUCUGGAAAAUGGGUGGUUACAAGAUUUGUAAAGGAUCAUAAUCAUCCUUUGGUUGUAACUGCGAAUGGAUUCAGUUCAAUGGGUGACAAGGAGAAGAAGAUCGAAGAACUUACUUUGGAAUUGGAACGUCAGGAGCAACUAUGCAUGGCUUACCGAGAACAAUUGCUUAGUUUUAUGGAUAAUGUAGACCAGCAAAAUGAAGAAUUAUCUUUGAAAAUUCAACCUAUUGUUGAGAAUCUCAAGAGAAUUGAAUCAGAAACGCAAAAGCAUUCUAUCUAUAGAUAAUGUGUCAUCCAUUUUGCCUAGUGAUGUACCAUAAGUGCAGGAAAUAUGUGAAUUAUUCAUGGUCAGCUCAAUUGAAGCUGCUUGAAUGCCACAAGAUUUGUUGUAUCGAUUCCUUAGUUCUGCAUGUUUAGUUUAGCAUAUUGGGGAGAGGAAGAAUAGGAGUUCUGCUUAGAAGGUUUAGCUGGUGUGUGAUGGUUCUGCAUAGAGCAAUGGAAGGAAAAUGGGACACAAGCAUCAGAAGGAAAGUUGAUUGGUCGUAUAGUUUGGUGUCUGUUCAUUUUAUGUCCUUUCUAGAGUUAGGAAGGCAGCUUCAACAUUGUCCUGACUUCUUUUCCUGCUAAAUAGAUGUUUCAUCUUAGGGUGUGUACUCAUUCUGUAUGGGAUAGUCAUGAUCAUUUGAAAGAAAGAGUCAACUGAAGACAGAUGAAUUUUGUGUCUGAGCGCAAUCAGUUGAGAUGGAAUCACAGAACUGUCUCAUCUUUCUGAAUCUCAUCCUUGUAUCUACCUCCUUUGGUAAAAGCAGACAAAAAGGUCAGAAAAGCAAGAGAUCAGUCGUGUUUUUAUUA